GUAUUUGUUGAGGCUCUGUACUCAGAAGUCAAAGCAGAAGGUAACGAUGACCCGCCUGCUGCUGCUGUGUGUGUCCCUGCCUCUCAUCAUCUCUGCAACUGUUCUGUUUGAGCUUGAAGACCAAGACGACUUGGAUGGCACGUUGCGUGUCAGCAUCCCGAUGGAGGUGCCUCUCCGUCCUCUGCUGGGCAGUAAAGUCGUGGUUCCCUGCUACUUCCUGGACAACACAGUGAACGACCCCGGAGCCCCGACCAUCGCCCCGCUCUCCCACCGCAUCAAGUGGACCUACGUCACCAAGGACAAGGUCUCCACCAUCCUGGUGGCGUCCUCGGGGAAGGUGAACGUGGAGACGGAGUAUCUGGACAGAGUGACGAUGAUCAACUACCCGCUGGUUUCCACCGACGCCUCCAUCGAGAUCACCGAGCUCCGGUCCAAAGACUCCGGCACCUACCGCUGCGAGGUGAUGCAGGGCAUCGAGGACAACUACGACUCUGUGGAAGUCCAGGUCCAGGGUAUCGUGUUCCACUACCGAGCCAUCUCCACCCGCUACACGCUGACCUUCGAGAAGGCGAAGGCAGCGUGCAUCCAGAACAGCGCCACCAUCGCCACUCCCGCUCAGCUGCAGGCCGCUUACGAUGACGGAUACCACCAGUGUGACGCUGGAUGGCUCUCCGAUCAGACUGUCAGGUACCCUAUCCACGAGCCGAGGGACCGUUGCUUUGGAGACAAGGAGGACUUCCCCGGAGUGAGAACUUACGGCGUGAGAGACGUCAACGAGACCUACGACGUGUACUGCUUUGCUGAGAAGUUGUCAGGCAGGGUCUUCUACUCCAUGUCUGUGGAGAAGUUCACCUUCUACGAAGCCGGAGAUCAGUGCGCCAAACUGGGCGCCCGUCUCGCCACCACCGGGGAGCUGUACCUGGCCUGGAAGGGCGGUAUGGAUGUGUGUAACGCCGGCUGGCUGGGCGACAGGAGCGUACGCUACCCCAUCAACAUCCCCCGGCCUCAGUGUGGCGGCGGCCUGGUGGGAGUGAGAACCGUCUACCUGCACCCCAACCAGACAGGAUACCCCUACCCCGACUCUCGCUACGACGCCGUCUGCUUCCAAGGUAAAUAAAUCCUGGAUCAAGAUUGGAGGAAGAGUCUUCCUGCAGAUGCAUUGAAGUGCAGUUAGAGCUUCUUUGUUGAAGUAAUAAUUUAGAGCUGCAUCCUUGUCUCUUCAGCUGGUGAGGACACCGGCGCCGUGCCCGCCAGGACCACGCCUUUCCCCGACAUCAUCCGUCUCACCCCCGCCCCUGGGAUGUUCCCGAGCGUCACCCCCUCCCCCGGGGGAGAGGAGAUCAAGCAGGGAGGAGUCGACACCUUCUCCCCACUGCCCCUCCCGCCCAGCAUGACAGACCUAGAUGUUGCCAUGGGUCCCACAGGUGUGGUGUUCCACUACCGGCCCAUCACCGGUCGGUACACUCUGAACUUCGUGGAGGCUCAGCAGGCCUGUCGGAGCGUCGGUGCAGUCAUCGCCAGCUCUCAGCAGCUGCAGGCGGCCUUCGAGAAAGGCCUGCACCAAUGUGACGCCGGCUGGCUCCGAGACCAGACUGUCAGGUAUCCCAUCGUGUCACCCAGAGAUAACUGUGCUGGUAACAUGCUGCACCUCCCAGGAGUCCGGUCCUACGGCCUGAGACCAGCCAGCGAGCAUUACGACGUGUUCUGUUAUAUGGAUCGUCUGCGAGGUGAGGUCUUCUUCACCAGCGACUACGACAGCUUCUCGUACGAGGAGGCCGUGCAGCACUGUCAGAAACUCAACACCACCUUGGCCACCACCGGCCAGCUGUUCGCCGCCUGGAACCAAGGCCUGGAUAAGUGUCGUCCCGGUUGGUUGCUGGACCGCAGCGUCCGCUACCCCAUCACCACCCCCAGGUCCCACUGUGGAGGCGGGCAGGUCGGGGUCCACAUCAUCUACGCCUUCCCCAACCAGACGGGGUUCCCUGACGAGCACUCACGCUACGAUGCCUAUUGUUUCAAAGCUGAAACUCCUGCUGUUCAUGUUGAAAAUGAGACCAGAGUGGAUGUGACAAUCGUGACGGAGGACGUCAUCAACAAGACGACAGUCGCAGUCGAUCAGUUUGCUCCAACAGUUGAAACUACAGUUCACUACAAUGAAACUGAAACCAGCAAAAAUAUCACAGAAAUCGAGGAGUUCAUCAACAAGACAACCGUCACAACUCAGCAGGUCGCUCCCACAGCAAGUCCCAUUUUACCUCCAGUCCCUGUCGAUGAGUCCGGCUCCGGUUCAGCGGAUCAUUCAGCCAGCGGGGAGCCUGAGUCAGGAGAGUCUGGCGUCUCCGGUACCAGCGGCGACGCCUCCGGUUCAGGAGACAACGUCAUCUUCAGCGGACGCCCCGACGUCUUCUCUGGGGAGCCGUCGGCCUCCGGAGGUCCGGAGGAGGCCGAGGGGGGGAGCACCGUCAUCUUCACAUCUGGAGAAGAGGAGAGUGCAUCUGGAUCUGGGGAGCGCGUGGACGGACAACACUCUGGGUUCGGCGUGUCCGGUUUCAUCAGUGGAAGUGGGGACGUUAGCGGUAGCGGUGGAGACUCGAUCAUCAUGGUGGACGAGAAGAUGGAGGAGGUGUCGACCACGUACCAGAAGCCCACGGAGCAGGAGGGCCGGGGAGGCGUCGACUCCAGCGGCUUCGUGGACUCCAGUGCGUCCGGAUCUGGCGGCGUGUCUGGGUCUGGCUCCGGUGGAUUCUCUGGCAUCUCUUUCGUGGACCACGGCGGCGUCGACCUCACCGUGCAGCCGUCGGGCGAGCAGGAGGUGUCUGGAUAUCGCCCCUUUGAGUCCGGCUUCCACAGCGGCUUCCCGAGCGGUUUCCCGUCCGGCGAAUCCGGCAGCAGCUCCGCCUCCGGGGACUACACCAACGUCAUCCUCCUGACCGACAACGAAAUGAUGGAAGUGACCGUGUCGCCGCCGCUGGAGCGACACCCGGAGCAGGGCCGCGGCGUGGUGGAGGUCAGUGGGGAAGGAAGCGGGUCGGGAAUCCAACACGAGUUCAGCAGCACGUUGGAUCCUUCAGGAAGCGGAUCGUCUCAUGAGAAACCCAGAGCGGAGGAGCUUUCUAUCGCCUUACCGCCUGGGAUGACCUACACCGAGUACAUCGCCAGUCUCGGCCAGUCAGGACUCGGGGAGGAUCAGGAGACCCUCACAGGGCCGACGGUUUAUGCGGUGACUCCGGACUCGUCGUACACCAGCCCGACCACGGCGCCCUCAAUGUCACUAGCAACCCCCGCCAUGGUGGAGCAGCCCGAGGUCGUGGAAGCCUCUGCAAACCCCUGUGAUCCAAACCCCUGUGGGUCGGGGUCCUGCUCCGUGGAGGGGGAGCUGGCCAUGUGCCAGUGUCCCACUGGUUUCACUGGUGAAGACUGCACAACCCCUGUGCAGGGCUGUGCAGAAGGCUGGCUGGAGUUCGGGGGAAGCUGUUACCUGCACUUUGCAGAGAGAGACACCUGGUCGGAGGCGGAGCAGCGCUGCCAGGAGCUCAACUCUCACCUGGUCAGCAUCGGCUCGCAGGAGGAGCAGCAGUUCGUCAACUCUCACGGCCAGGACUACCAGUGGAUCGGACUGAAUGACAAAGACGUUCAGAACGAGUUCCGCUGGACGGACGGCAGUCCUCUGACCUUUGAGAACUGGAGGCCCAACCAGCCGGAUAACUACUUCAACUCUGAGGAGGACUGUGUGGUGAUGAUCUGGCACGAGGGCGGACAGUGGAACGACGUGCCCUGCAACUACCACCUGCCCUUCACCUGCAAGACCGGACCCGCCACGUGCGGCGCUCCUCCCGAGGUGGAGCACGGCCGGCCGAUGGGCAGCAGCAGAGAGCGUUACCCCGUCAACUCCAUAGUCCGCUACCAGUGUGAGGCGGGCUACACGCAGCGCCACCUGCCGGUCGUACGCUGCAUGCCGGACGGACGGUGGGAGGAGCCACAGGUGGAAUGUACAGAAGCCGGCGCCAGCAGCAAUCGGCUACACAAAAGGUCCCUGAGGAGGAGAAGUAAAGGGGUCAGCAGCCAACAGCAACAGAGGAAGCUGCUCUGAGCACCAAUGAAAAGGACAUACAACAGAGAGCCACAAAGGACCCCCUCCUGUCAAGAAGCAUGGACACCAAUGCAAAAUGCCCGACCAAAAAGAUAACAACCCCCACCGUGUGUAUAUUCACACACAAACACACACACUAAAAGCACAUUUAGACAGUGAUAUCUGAUGUUUUGGACCUCUGAGUGUCACCCUGCACCUUCUGAAGGCAGUUCUCUCUUUGUAUUUAUACUGUCUAGUAAUUUAUAGCUGUGAUCUAGUAUUUGGAAGCAUUUAUCUCGAUGCACAUGAAGACAUGUUCGGUUGCCAGCACUGCACACACGGUACAGUAGAUAAUAAAAUAGUGAAUAAGAGGCUCUAGAGUGACACGCAAAGUCCAAAACAGCCCAAAUAAAAUAAAAAGUGUUUUCGAUUGCAGCUGGAUUUUUCUGAAGUCAAACACAUUGUUACAUAGACUUUUGCUUUAUUUUAGUUUUUUUUUUUUUUUUUUUAUAGAUCUGUGUUUCUUAGUAGGUUUUAUUUCUUUUUUUUUUUGGGUCUCUGAGGACGACAAGUGAGCUUCAAGACAAAUACAGUGAUUCUCAAACCUGUUUGGUUGUGACCCUUUAAAAUACAGCAAUGAGCACAAAUUAUGUCUAUCUACAACAUGGAAAAAUGGUUAAAUUAGGUUUUAUUUUAUCCGAACUUUCAGAAGAGGUCUUGAGGCUGACAGAAAUAUGAGUAAAAGCUGGUAAAUUAGCCUUUAAAGAGACCAAAUGAUCUCGUCACAACCUUGAGUUUGAACGUCACAACCUCUCGGGCGGUAUAUCCGAGUUUUCAUACUUUUCCCACAUUGCACCAGAAUCUACGGCAGGAACUGAUUCAGACUGAAAGAGCAGUGUCUGUAUUUUUGUUUUUUUGCCGUCAUACCGCUCAAGCCUCCCACCUCAGUAUCACAUAUACUGGAAUGAUUGUGCUGUUCCAAUUGAUGAUGAAUAGGGGUGUCAUGGUUUCGAUACGAAACUUAAGAACUGAUCAAAAUGAGCUUUCAAUAAUGAUAAUCAGAAUUAAAUCAAAAGGCAGCGUUAUUUGAUGAAGAACGGGUUGAGUUUGGGAGUUUUUAUUCGUCUUUUGGACCCAAAACACCAUGAAACUAUUAGAAAAUAUAGUUUAUUCAUCUGAAUCACAGCUUUUUCUUCCUGCUGGGGAACUUCUACAUAG